AUGGUUCCCCAAGAAAGAGUGCAGGGGAAUUGGUGUAUGCUUGCUGGAAUCAAAAUACAGGAAAAAGGUCUUGAACAAGUUACAAUUACAGCUGGUUAUGAUGAUCUUGGUGGAAGUAAUGUCAUUACUGGUGAGAACAAGAAGAGUAUGGAGAGCUCUUGGAUCCUGGUGAAUUUGAAGAAGAAAGGGAUUGAUGAAGAGAGAGAUAAAGAAAUACUUGUUAUUGCUAAAAAGGGAAAAGAUGUUAGCAAAAAUUUGAUGUUAAGGUUGUUGCCAGAUAAGUUUCCUGGGGCAAAUGGAAGUGGAAGUGAAGUGACUUAUGGUGAGCUUUAUCGGUUGGAACAGUUCCUGUUGUGCCCCCUUAAGGUUUUAGAUGAUUCAGGUGAUGGUUUUACUAAAGGACUUGAAGCUGAAUUAGGAUGUUUACAUAGCAAGGGCUUUAAUGCAUCAGUUGCUUCUGGUGGAUGUGGCUGGUACAUCACCUUAGAUCCUAAUGAGAAUGGUUGGGAAGUUGUGAAAAAAGGUGGGAAUGCACAAGUCAUUGGUGAAGUCCCACAUAAAUUCAAGAAUGUUUUUGAGGUGGUGCGGACACCAAGCGAGGGUCCCAGUUUUCAUUACCAAUACUUCUCCUCGGGUGUGAUGAGUAAUAAGAAUGGGAAGGUUGAUAAAGUUAUCAAGAUGAUCUUAGAGGAAUUGGAGCCAGUGAUUCUAGGGCAAGCCACCAAACAAGGGUUCAAACUUGAAGAGAUGGAAGGAGAACAACAGCAACAUGAGUCACUUAAGAAGAAGUCAGAGGAGAUUUUGGUCUAUUCUCUUAAGUUAUUGAUGUUACACGUGAAGUUUGAUUUGUUUCGGGUUUACCUUUCAUUUUGGCAACCGCACUUGAAUAGGAAUACAAGGACGACCCAUUCUUUCCUUCACCUUGAGGACAAGGUGAAAGUUUGGGCCGUUGGUAUUGAUAAGCCCCGACAUUUCUGUUAUCUUUUUGGCCAGGGGUAG